UGCGAGUCGGACCCUAAGUGCUGUAACUGCGCUAGUCCUUAUACUGCAGACGAAAGAACGUGCCCAGCUCGGCCAACAGUCAAGAACGGAGUCAUUACUAGGCUUUCUAAGGCUGCGCUCAGGACAGUAAGGAAAGCUAGAGCCACAGCCAGCCGCCUUACUAACCCUACGUAA